CGCACACACACACACGCACACGUAUGUAACACACACCAUUCACCAUUGCACUUCCCACCUAUACAAGCACCAGCAGCCUCCCUCAUUGUGCUCACAUGCACCUCUUUCAUCCACUUCCUGUUUGUGUGUGUGUGAAGCGCUGGAGUCUGUAAGCGCAGCAGAGAGCUACAACCAGAGCUCUUGCCUCGCCGCACUGCUCCGCCCGUGCCCAGGAUGUGGCUUAACCUGUUAAACCCUGACGUGUGCGGCGAAUGAAUGGCAGUGGCACUGAGACGGAGACCCUCUGCCUGAGACUAUUGAGACACGUACGGAGGCCAUGGAUGCUGGACAGUGAACUACAGGUGAGCCAGAAACCUGAGCCGUGAAGAUGCAGCACACCUCGUGCACAGAGGACAGGAUCCAGCAUGUUCUGGACAUGUGUCUGGAGGGGCUGAGACGAAGCCCCACAGCAGCACAGCACUGGAACGUGCUGAUGUGCUCGGCGGGUCAGUCAAUGAACCGCUGGAGCCUGGAGGAGCUGGUGAAGAGGGACCCCGAGAACUUCCUCAUCCUCUUGAAGCAGAUCCUCAGGAAGACCAAAGAGGUUGAGGAGCAGUGUCAGUACGAGCUGGUGGCUCCCCUCGCCAUCAUGUUCUCCUCCACGUUGCUUCAGACGCCUUACUGUCCUGCAGACACGGAGCUGCUGCAGCAAGCCAUCGAGGUGUUUCGCUGCUUCCUCACAUGGCCCGAGCCGUACUGCAGCGUGUGCAGGACCCUCCUCACCACACUGCAGCUGGAGAUCAAGGCCCCAGGGAUUUCCUUUCAGAGACUUGUGAGAGAAGAACAGUUCCUUAACACCCCCAGCCAGAGCUCCAAGACCAUGACCGUGCUCCUGAUGAACCCGUGCGAGGUGCCCGCUGACUUCCUCUCGGUGGCUGAGCAGCUCAGUGGCAUUCAGCACUCGCAGAGAGAGACCUACAUCAAACUGAUCAAACACGCCUUCCAGUCCUCACUAGGCACCAAAUACCCGCUACAUCGCAUCCACGGAGCCCUGCAGGCAAAAACCGUGACUGAAUUGGGGUCCAUCUUCUCCGCGGUAAGUGAUGUCCUAGAGGCGGCCGCUGCCAUGAGGGACCCUUUGAAGGGCCGUAGUCACGUGAUCCAGGGACUUGAGGAGCUGAGGGAGAGCAUGAGAAUACCCCCGUCCAACGGAAGGAAGUCUGAUGGAAUGCUACAAACCCUACCCUUGCCGACAGCCAAGUGUUACAUGUUUCACUGGGAAAGAGAUAACUUUGAUGUUCUGAACACCCUUUUGGAACACGAGCCUGAUGACCAAGGGCAGGCUGAGGAGGAAGAGGAGGAAGACAUAGAUUCUGAUGAAGAGGAGGAGGAAGACGAAAACAAAGACGAGGAGGAACAUGGAGUCGAAUUCCCUUCAAUGUCUACCAUCCCUAAUGGCUACAUCGCCAACCACCGGGCCUCCACCUUCUCCACCGUCUCCUCCCUGUCCACCGCCUCCAAAGACUCCAUGUACUCCACCUUGUCCGUAGCCUCGGAGUCCUACGCUGCGUCUCUCUCUCUCACUUCGGGCGGUGACAGUGACUACUUUGACGACUCUGACGACUACAUCUGCUCCUCCCCCGUCGCUGAGAAAUGCUCGCCAAAGUCCAUCAACAAGGCUUCGGCCCGGCUCAGCAAGCACCUGCACCGGCUCAUGUCAAACAUCAAACCCAAGAGGCCUCGGUCGGUGACCCGGGCCAAAAGCCUCGGAGACACGGAGUUGAAAGACCGUUUAGUGGUGCGGGAGAAUCGCUCCAACUCUCUUCCUCAGCAAGUCAGGUUGGGCUGUCCCGAGCCCUUCCUCCAGCCACAGAGUCAGACUCUCAGACACGUCUGCUUCCGAAGGAGGCCGAUUCUCAGCAGCGAUGAGGACAGUAAGAAUACUACGCUGAGGGUGGUGGUGUUCGGCGCCGAUCGCGUGGCAGGGAAGGUGGCCCGAGCCUACAACAGCCUGAGGAGGAAGGAGAGUGCGUGUCCACGUCUCAGCAGAGCCUUCAAGCUCCAGUUCUACUUUGUGCCCGUGAAGAGGGACUCGGCGAUGUCUCCUUGCCCCGCGGUUCAAACCGGAAGUCCGAAAGGAGCGGCCCCGUCCAAUGAUCUUCACCUCACGGGCACAGGGGACAGCACCAACGACAUUGCCCAUCUCCUCGGUAUGUUGGACCCUUGGUACGAAAGAAACACCCUUAGCCUGCUUAACUUGCCUGCCAACGUCGUCUGCCAGCAAACCUCAAAGAUCGAGUCGGGGUCAUGUGACAGUACCGAUGAGCCCCUACCCAUCCUGGCCGACUUGGUGCUGUACUACUGCCGCUGUGCUGGCCGGCAAGCUCUGAUCCAGCUCUACCAGGCUGAGCUGACUUUAGCCUGUGGUGAGAGGAGGACGGAGGUGUUCAUCCACUCCCUGGAGCUGGGUCACACCGCAGGAACACGAGCCAUAAAGGCCAUGGGUGCUGCCAGUAAACGGUUUGGUAUCGACGGUGACCGAGAAGCAGUGCCUCUGAUGUUGGAGGUGGUGUACAACAGGGUGGUGAUCAGCGGGAGAAGCCAGUGGAAGAGAGAGACCAAAGUCUGUACGUCAGUGAACUUGACCAAAGCGUGCAAGAACCCUGAGGAGCUCGACUCAAAGAUGGAGUGCCUGCAGCUCACGAUGACUGAAGUCCUGAAGAGACAGAACUGCAAAAGCAAGAAGGGCUACAACCAGCAGCUCAGCGUGACAGAGGUAAAGGUGGACAAGGUGCAGGUCAGCGGUGCUGGAAACACAACCUUUGCUGUAUGUCUGGACCAGGAUGAGAAGAAAAUACUGCAGAGUGUCACCAGAUGUGACAUAUCAGUCUGCUAUAAGCCUGACAGCUCCGCCGACUGGAGGCUCAGAAAAGCCCCGACCUCGGCCCAAAUCCAGCCUCUCAACCCCACCUUCUGCUCCCUCCUCUGCCUGCCCAUAGUCACUUUCAGUGGGGCUCUUCCCUGAAACUGCUGACCAUUGGUUUGAACUGGGUGGUUCGAAGGGGAGUAUUCUGCACACCUAUUCAUGCUCUGGAUAACAGACACUGACUGAUGCUGUGGUCAAGCUCACAUGAUGGUGGCCUGAAACGGCAGUGGGGUGAAACUGCAGACCCGACCUGCAGGAAAACUGCAGACCCGACCUGUGAUCGUCAAUACAAAUACAUGCCGAAGACCCCGAGAAAAAAAGAACGACUACAUCCAACUGUUCUAAUGAAGUCCAGCUUCCUCUGUACAAAGCAAUCGUUCACUGUUGUUAAGGAAACUGUUGAAACUCCAUUCGAGGAGUUUCGGUUCCUUUUUUCCUGCUGAGGGAGAAGUGACCAAACAAACCCACAGUAAGAUUAGACAUGGCAUUUGGUCAAACAGGGUGCAUCUACAUGGGUAGAAAUAAGCCAGGAGAUGGUCUGUUAAAAUGUGGACCUCGUCUUCGAGUCCAAGUUUGAGAAGUUGUCUCUGGAAGUGACAUGAACGUGGAGGACCAGGAAGGAAAUGUUACAUCUGCUGACCAGACCCAACUAAUGUCUUCAUUAGAGGUGAUUAUGGGACUAUGUGACUAUAUCUGGGAAUGGACACUAUGGACUUACACAAUAUGUAAAAAAUUUGUUUGUAAACUGAAUGUUACACCUUAAUGUGUUAUGUCUGGCAUGAAUGGGAAGUUAGCGAUAACGUUUCUCCAAAGGAGUUAUACGUGUGACCAGCAGGGGGCUCUGUUGCCAUUCCAACCGACCUCAGUUGAAGUACAGAUGACUUUAAUAAACCAUAGCUGUAGUCUCACUAUGUAAUGACUGGAAUGGAAUUUAUGCAUCAACCACAUUUGAGCUCUUGCAAAGUGCUAAGAUGCUAUAUUUCAUCAAGGGCACAGGUGGAAAAUAUAAAUGUGGUAUUGUGGUGCUAAGAAAAUACCUUUAUAAAUAGUAACUGAUUUCUUGCACUUUGCAUAAUGUUUGGCAUUUGAAAUAUGUAUAGGGAAUUGUUUUGAUGCUGGAAAAGGGAUGAUACCCUAAUCACCUGACCGAGACUGAAAUAAUAGCACAGCAGGUCAAUCAAUAUAUUGUAUUGAAUUAGAGCACUUGAACAUUAGAUUAAUAAAUUAGGUACUUCUCUGUUCAGAUAAAUGCCCUGCAUAAUGCAUAUUUAUAAUUGUGUGUGUAACAUCUACGCAAUGGGAACCAAUCUUCAUUAAAAUGUAUGUCCUUAAUCCUCA